CCGAGCGUGACGGACGUGCGAUGACGGGCUCCGUCGGAGCGGCUACAGCGGCUAUUGCCAGCCGCGGCAACAGGAACUUUUCAUCUGAAGAAGGCUACGAGUUGAUUUUGCCGAAUUUGCCAACAGGUCGUUUUGUUGUUAAUACAGUUUUUCUUCACGGAGAUGUUCAAGCGCGGCCUUACCGAGUCGAAGAUUUUCGCGACGCGUUGUCUGGUAUGUCGCUGCUUCCUGAAGUGAUCGCCUUAGGGGCGUAUCGGAUGAGCCACGUGUGGGCCGUAACUUUCAGUAAUGCCGAAGCCGUGAAGAAGUUACUCGCCGCGAGUGAAUUGAAGGUCAAGGGCCGGCGCUGCGUCGUCAUUGAUCCUGGAAACCAAGAUGUAAGGAUGAAAGUGCACUGGCUGUUGCACAACGUUCCAGAUGAUGACGUGCGGGUGGCCUUCCUUCCUUAUGGAAAAGUGACAGAAAUUAGCAGAGAGCGGUGGCGAGUACACGGAAUCGCUGACAAGGGGUCCACAACCAGGUUGGUGUCCAUGCGUCUCAAGGCAGGCGUUAAGCUGGAAGAUCUACCACACCAGCUGAACGUCGCAGGUGAACAAGCUUUGGUGGUCGUAUCAGGCCGUCCGCCGAUGUGCCUGCGCUGUCAUGCAACGGGGCACAUUCGCCGCGACUGCCGGGUUCCAAAAUGCAGUGCCUGCCGUAGAUUCGGACAUGAAGAAGGUCAAUGCCCUAAGACGUACGCCAGCGUCGCUGGGCCUACGAGUGGCGAGGAUUCAUCCGAACUUCUCAUGGAUGAAAACGACGCUGAAGAAGCUUCGAAGCCGUCAAAAGACACCACAGUCCGCAAAAUGGUAACGCUGGCAGCCAACAAACCCUUUUUGGAGGAAAGGCGUCAACCAGCAGAGCGCGAACGGGAUACCAAAGACCAGGUCGUGGAAAAAGCCACCACAUCGAAGGACGCCUGUCAACCUAUCAGCGAGGAUACAAAAGUGGAAGAAACCCAAGAGACCUGCAUGGAUGUCGUCGAAAGCCUCACUGGACAGUCCACCAAGCGGCCAUUGGAGGAGAGCGUCGAGGAAGCAGACAAAGGAGUUGAAGAGACAGAACCACCGCCGAAGGGACUCGGCAUAAGACGGUCUUCAGUGAAGCAGAGGCCGAAUUUUUCCGCUGAGCGGCGGCCGGCGGAAAAACCUCCGUCUUAACGCCGACUCUCCGCGCAGCGCAACCUUUUGGGGUCUUCGGGAAGACGUGGGGACUCUGAGCAAACUCAUUUGCAAGUGUCGUGAAGCCUUCCGGUUAGAAGAUGCCUAUAGCGCACAUUGUGCUGCAUACGUGAUGUGUCUACAAGGUUCAUCUUCGCUGUAAGUGUUAUACUAUGCUAACAAAUUUUUCAGAUUCUAAAGGGGUACUGUAAUGCGAUCAUUUUGCAGAAUAUAUAAAAAGAAAUGGCGUUAAAAUCAGGCACAGCACUACGCAUAGCGACGAUAAAUGUCAGAGGUCUGGCGUCUAGGAGACGUCAGUACCAGCUUAGUCGCCUGCUGUUAGAAAAUGAGCUGGAUAUCGUAGCAGUUCAAGAGACAAAGGUAGAAACGCAGGAACAAAGUGAUCGCAUGGUAUCACCUUUUAGAAAUCGGUACAAUGUUGCCAUAAGUCAUGCAGUAGGCUUGUCAGCAGGUUGUGCUCUAUUUCUUCGAAAUUCUAUUGAGAUUGUUGAGGAAUCUUUGAGUGUCAGUCAAAGUGGUCGUUAUAUUGUUUGUGAUUUCACCUUCGCAAUGAAAAAUUGGAGGGUGAUUAACGUGUACGCACCAAACAAGGAACAUGACCGGCGAGUGUUCUUUGAGGAAAUGGAAAAACACCUGCUAUGCGAUAAGCUGGCCAUAUUACUGGGUGAUUUCAA